AUUUAAGUCACACGUAUCGUAAUGUACUAUUAAUUUUGUACAUAGUAGAUUAAAGCAUAUAUGAGUGUGCUAAACGUGUUACACAAUCAUAAUAAGAAUUCCAAUAAACUGACAUCUACGCAUCGAUUCGCGAAAUCAACACAACAUAAAGUUUAUAUUGUAUUAGAGAGCAUACGAUAUUGGUUCACGUUCGCGAGUAGUGCUGAUGGUUUCGACUACGUUUUAAGAUUCUGAAUUUAAUAGAAUGAACUACAUUGUUUGUCGUUUGUACAUCUAUAUCUAUAUGCCGUUGAAGUGAUUGAUGUGAAUACAAGAAAAGUCGAGGGUACAACUAAAUUAGUAUUACCGAUUUGCUCAACAUCGCACGAAUACAAUAGGCAAUAUGAGUUACAACAAAGCUGUUAGUCAUUUUGGAAUCAAUGGCGUUAAUGCCAAAGCUGUCUAUAAUACAAAUUUAAACACCCGUUCCGAACUAGCAAAAUAUUUUUCAAGCUUUAAGUGUACGUUUGAUGAUGGAGAGAACGUUAUAAAUUCAAACGAAAAUAUAGUUAUUCAAAAUGACGAAUGUGCAUUGACUUCAUCGCAAGAAGAUUUGAUGUCACUCAUAGACGAUUUCACAGCUCAAUAUGAGUCACUAGCAUACAACAGAUAUACCAAUGCUGGAACGACUCCUCACCCUACCAGUAUAACGGAUCCUUUUGCACAUCCUGUUAAUAAUGGCGAGCAUUUAAGGCAUAGUUAUGCAUUUGAUUCUUUCUCGAAAGAUGAUUUUACAUCAAAUCAAGGCAAUUUCAGAGCACAAAAUUAUGGCAAGACCCUUUAUUACAAUGAAUAUAUUAAUGAAGUUGGUGUAGCGACUUCUUCUCAUAGCGAUCUGACGAAUUGUAAUGUUUCAAACAAAGCCAAUCAUCUGGUUAGAAUUCAAAAUAAUAUUUGUGCUGGCGGUUAUCGCCAUCCCUAUUCGAAUAUUAAAGCGAAUCCUUGUAAUGCUACUGGAUUAACUUCCAAUGCCAUAGUUGACAAUGGAAAACGUAUCUUGCGCGUUCUAGAUACUUCGAGUACUUGUUCUGCAAACUUUGUUAAAAAUUACGGACGUCGAGAUAAAGUAAAAUUAAAAGACCGUCGAGCUGUACAAAGUAAUUAUGCGAUCGAUAGUUUUGUUUUCAACAAAGAGAAUUUAGUUGGGGAAACUCAAUAUAACGUUGGUGGUCAGGACGUUCUGUCUCCAACUUCGUAUGCUACUGUUGCAAGCUCCGCGAUAAAACGUAAACGCCAAGGUGAUGACGAUCAUCUUACAGAAUUAACGGACAUCUACUGCAUGAUGUGCGGCGAAAUUCCCUGGAAUUUGAAUCACAAGAGUAAACUACGUUCAUCAUCAAAAAAGUGUCUCUACUGUUGCCCUAAAAUUCAAAAAUAUGCCAGAAAUAGAUGAUCACCAUUUUGAAAACAGGUGCCCAGGUUGCAGUAAAGUGUUUAAAAAUAGAACGAGAUUCCUAUACUGCAUCGCGAAAAAUACGAUUGUACAUACAUAAACGAAGAGAAGCGACGAAAACUUCUUGUACAGACUGUGGAUGAAAAUCUACUGUCUAUCGCCUAUAACUGAUAAAAUUGGAUUGAGAAUUGGACUUAUCGUAAAAACGUGCUAUACUCCAAAAACCAAAAAUCUUUAUAUCACAACAGGAAGUACAAUUGUAAAAAUAUAUCGAAACAAAAUAAUUGAGGAAUAAUAAGUUUGGAUUUUUAGUCUGCUCUAUGUUGGUGUAAUACAUUUGUACCAUAUUUAUACAUAUGUAAAUUUUUAUAUUUCGUAUAUUAUUUAAAAUUUGAUCAAGAUCAUUACGUUUAAUCUAAUUGACGAUUUUUUAAACGACACGUUACGCAUUAUUUUCCUACCUAAUUUUCAAACUUAUCUAUAAAUAGGAAAUCAUAAUUUUUCCUAUAUUCAUGAGGGUAUAUAAUUAAAAAUAUUUGAUUAUAUGACCGAUUUGUAUGCCGAUGAAUGUGAAUACAAACAAUGAGAAAAUUUCA